AUGGGAGCUCGACAUAGAAAAAGGCGUGCAGAGAAGUCAAAAAAUGCUCAACAAUCCACUACUGAUGAGUCAAAUGUCAUGGAUGAUGCGAAGACAGUGACUGUCGCAGUUCACCAACUCUUCGAGCGAUAUGCAAACAAACCAGCUGAUAACCUUGGACCAGACAGGAUUGGACCACAUGGGGUCUUUGCAUUACUGGAGGAUCUCGGACUUGCGCCAACCGAUCGUAAAGUGUUGAUCCUUGCCUGGCUUUUGAAAGCAAAGAUUCAAUGCGAAUUUACGGCCGAUGAAUGGAAUGAUGGCCUGGUAGCUCUGCGGGUGGUGUCAAUUGAUGAUCUCCGUAUGGUUCUUGAAAAAGAAGAAAGGAUUUUGGAGAAAGAUACCUCUAAACUGAAGGCACUUUAUCGAUUCACUUACACUUUUGGAAAACCCGAACAUCAUCGGAAAAUGGAUUGCGAGACGGCGAUCGUUUAUUGGAAGAUUCUAUUUGAAGAUCGCUAUGCUUUGCUCGAUGUUUGGAUAUCAUUCUUGCGUGUUCAACAGAUUGACGCAAUCAAGAGCGAUAUCUGGAAUCUGGUGUUAGAAUUUUUCGAACAAGUUGACGCAAAUCUGUCAAACUACGAUGAUGAAGCAGCCUGGCCAGUGCUGUUGACCGACUUUGUUGAACAUAUACGCAAAGAGAAGUGUACCGUCGGAACUGCU